AACCAGUAUUACUGUCAAGGUUCGGCCUCUACCUUAACCAAGUUAUGGCGCUGCGGUUUCUGAAGCUUCCCAAUCACAUCAGCACCUCUCGCAGUUGUACGACCAACUCAAGCUCCUUUUUCGUAUCCAAAUCCAAUCUUCACAAACUUUCCGUGAGAUGGGUCGGAGCUCAAAUGCAUACUCCGGUAAGAAGCUUUGCUGUUGCGAAAUCGGCAAAGAUUCAACCACCUAAAAAGAAGAAAAGGCUUGAUGAGAUAUGUGUUGAAAGGUUUCAACAAUACAGCCGAACCUUCAUACAGUCUUGGAUAUUACAAGGUAAAGUAUUUGUGGACGGGAAGGUAGUCAAUAAAGCUGGAACACCUAUUCCUGAUAAGGCUGUUGUUGAGAUAAAGGCUGAAGUGCCCAAAUAUGUAUGUAGAGCAGGACACAAGUUAGAGGCUGCCAUUGAAAAGUUGGGUGUUGAUGUUUCUGGCAAAGUAGCUCUUGAUUCUGGGUUGUCCACUGGAGGAUUUACCGACUGUUUACUUCAGUAUGGUGCAUCAUUUGUUUAUGGGGUUGAUGUUGGUUAUGGACAGGUGGCUGACAAAAUUCGAAAAGAUGAACGUGUUUGUGUAAUAGAAAGGACAAAUUUACGAUACCUUUCUGAACUCCCCCAAAAGGUUGAUUUGGUGACUCUAGACCUCUCAUUCAUCUCUAUUCUCCUGGUUAUGCCUGCUGUACUUAAUGUGAUGAAGGAAGAGGCGAGUUUAGUGACUUUGGUAAAACCUCAAUUUGAAGCCCAGAGAUCACAGGUAGGAAAAGGUGGGAUUGUAAAAGAUCCACUUGUUCAUCAAGAGGUUCUUGAUAAGAUUAUCAAAGGAGUAGAGAAUAAUGGAUUCUCCAGCAAAGGGUGGAUCGAGUCUCCUCUUAAAGGUGCAGAGGGCAAUACAGAAUUUCUGGUUCACUUUAUUAGAACAACUGAGCAAAAUGCAGAAUGAUUUCUAAUACUAGUGUAUUUUACAUUUGGUUUGAACUUUAUUUACAAAAUAUGAAUGCAAUGCAAGUAUCUGAUAAAAAAAUUCAGUUCA